AUGGAUCUGGAACCUCUUGACCCGGAUUAUGUUAAUGAACGACUUUCUCAGCCGCCAUUUGUGACCAUCUCUGGUGUCUGUAACAUCCGAGACUUGGGAUCAUACGCAACGGUCCAUCCAGGAUUGAUGACAAAGCCCAGGUUUCUAUUUCGCUCAGCAGAAAUAUCUUCCAUCACAGAAGAGGGGAUGCAGCAGCUUAAACAGCUAGGAAUCACGAAAGUGUUCGAUCUUCGGUCGGACACAGAGAUCGAGAAGUACCAUACACCCUGUCCGAACAUUGAAGGCAUAGAAGUCCUGCGGGUCCCUGUGUUCAAGAAAGAGGACUACAGUCCUGAGAUGAUGGCGAAACGAUUUGAACUGUACUCCAGUGGACGGACCGCAGCCUUCAUGGAACUUUAUUCUCAAAUAUUGGAACAUGGGGGAUUCGCAUUCGGCGAAAUUCUCCGACAUGUCAGAGACAGGCCAAAUGAAGGCUGUAUCGUACACUGCACAGCUGGCAAAGAUCGAACAGGUGUUAUAGCGGCAAUUCUGCUAAAGCUAGCAGGCGUGGUCGAUCAGACCAUUGCCGAGGAUUACGCACUGACAAGAGUUGGUCGAGAGCCCGACCGACCGAUGGUCAUGGCUCGUUUAGCCAAAAUUCCGUUCUUUGCUUCGGACCGCUCAAAGGCCUUAAAUAUGCUGUCUUCUCGAGCAGAGACCAUGUUGGCAUUCCUUGCGUUAUUACAUGAGAAAUACGGCGGUGUCGAGAAUUACUUGAAGCAAUACGUCCGGCUCUCGAAUGAGGAUAUCGAGAUCAUUCGCAGAAACAUGCUAGUUUCUGAGACUGAAGACCAUGCGUUUAGUUAG